UCAAGACGGUCAUUCCAUCCUAGACACCGGGGAACGUGACACCUGCAGCCCGUCGACCUGUAUUGUAGUGACUCAGAGGAAAAAGCUGCAGCACCAGGAGAGGCACUCUCUCUGUUCACAGAGUUGUCCUCACCCAUCCUUCCCUGACCCCUUGAUCUCCACCUCAUCAGGCCUGAAUAACAGAAUAAGAAGAAACUGUCCAGUCAUCGCAGCGCAUGAGCAAUAAAACCUAAUCGUCCUAAAUCUGGUUCGACCUACGCCAAGAGUAUAUAACACGUGUUGCCGCGCACUCUCACACGCAGAAGGCCCCGGGAACACCAAGAAGAAACUCCAGAAGUCGGCGAUCAUUUGCCUGGAGACAUUGCUGGCCGCAAGAAGAGAAGACAAUUUUCCUGAAGACAACACGUGGCAGCGGGCUUAGAUUCUGAUGAUGUCCACGUCCAGCCCACCAAACCAUUUCUUGCCAAACUGGGGGCUGGCUUGCUGCUUGCUGUUGCUGGGGUCAGUGGUGGUUGCCAUGCCGACACGGAGGGAUCUGCAGCGCAGGAAGGUGCUUCAGGAUCAGGAGAUGAGCUUGUGGGUCGGGGGCAGUGGUGAGGGGCUGAAUGACCGGGAGAAGCUGGUGGACAAGCUGAUAGUGGAGGAGAAGAAACGCUUGAUCACAUCGGCACGCCUGAAUAAAGCCCCGUUUCCACCCAGAGACAAUUUCUUCUUGUCCCGUGCUGAGAUGGAAACGACGACGGCGUUCAAAGUCAUCCGCGAGAUGCCAAAGGGAGGCGUGCUGCACGUCCAUGACGAAGCGAUUACUAGCAUCGACUGGGUCGUUAAGAAUGUCACCUAUCGACCUAACUGCUACAUGUGCGUGGACGCCUCCUACAACGUCGAAUUUCACUUUUUCUCCAUCCCUCCCAAAAACACAGAUUGUACUUGGAGGUUGGUGAGUGAGUACAGACAACGGUCCGAGGAUGCAGAAGCUUUUGAUCAAAGAUUACACGCGAACCUGACCCUCUUGGCGGCCUCGCGGGACGUGCACGCGGCCUACCCCAACUCUGACGCCGCGUGGGAAGAGUUCACGGCCUACUUCCGGAAGAUAGAAGGCCUGAUGCUGUAUGCUCCAGUCUUCCAGGACUACCUGUACGAGGGCCUGAGGCAGUUCCGGGAGGAUGGAGUGCAGUACCUGGAGAUUCGCGCACUCCUACCUCAGGUAUAUGAGUUGGAUGGCAAAACGCACGACAAAGCCACGGUGCUCGGCAUUUACAAGAAGGUCAUCAACCAGUUCGUAGCGGAUUUUCCUGAUUUCACGGGCGCACGUAUCAUCAACAUUGCUGUCAGGUUCAAGGAGAAGUCGCUGAUGCUGGAAGACAUCAAACAGGCGGCAGCCUUAUAUCAGUCGGACCCUGGUUUCAUGGUGGGUUUCGACCUUGUCGGACAUGAGGACCCGCUUAACCCUCUGUCUUACUACUUCGAGGAAUUGCAGUAUCCCUCCCAGCAGAACCCCCCUAUUCAGCUCCCCUACUUCUUCCACGCCGGAGAGACUAACUGGGAAGGAACGGCAGUGGACUACAACCUACUGGACGCCAUCUUGCUUGGAACCAAGCGUAUCGGUCAUGGCUAUGCUUUGCUCAAGCAUCCGGUUCUAAUGGAAAAGGCCAAAGAGAUGAACAUUGCCGUGGAACUCAAUCCGAUUUCGAACCAGAUACUGAAGUUGGUCGACGACUUGAGGAACCAUCCGGGAGCGGUCCUCAUCGCCAACGGCUUUCCGGUGGUUAUCAGUUCCGAUGAUCCGGUCGUGUGGGGCGCGCUGCCCUUGACACAUGACUUCUACGUUACUUUCAUGACAAUGAUGGGGGCCGACAUGGGGCUGGCCACACUCAAGAAGCUGGCUCUCAAUUCACUGGAGUACAGCGCACUUUCACAAACUGAGAAGCAAACCGCCAUCCAAUCUUGGAGGCUGAAAUGGGACAGUUUUAUCAGGAACACCAUACAGAAGUACGAUUUGGAACAUUUAUUCCCCGUUGGCUAAACCUGAUACCGCACUGAUAUCCUUUCACGCCGAAUUUUACACCGACCUUCGCUUGGAACCACUAAUCGUUCAACACAGAUAUUCUUACCAGUGACUCUUUCAGUUAAUGUUCAACUUACCAGAGUAAGUUAAACAAUCAAACAAAAAUAUAUUUAUAAAAACUCUUUUCAGCCUUUUUUACGCCAGCGAAAUGCUUAUUGGAAGAAUUUAUUGCCUUGAAAAUAAAAAUAUGUCCAUUAAAGGUUGUAGCCUGAAUGAGAAAUUAUGACUCAGUUUAGUUCACUGAAAAACGUGUAUACUCUUAAUGAAAACUUUUUAUGGGGCUAGCCUUCGGUGGUGUUUUUAUUUUACUCCGAAUAUUUUCAUGACCCAUCCACCAGAUUGUUUAUAGCGUGAAACGAUCACAAGGUGAAAACACUUCUCUGACAAAUAAACCAAGCAGUUAUUGCAACAAGCAAAGAUUUUUAGGCUUUAUUUCUUUUUUCCUUUGCUUAAAAAGCAGUUUUGGCAUUCACAUUUUGUACAUAUAUCUUUAUCAGAUACUGUACAUCACUUUCAGUGAAAAUGUAAAAAGGUUUGAGAUAUUUGUGUAGUUAACAGUGAUCCGGUUUGAACCACGAUCAAACUUAAAGCUCUGCAAGAUUUUAUAUGAGAGUUAGAGUACAGUCAAAGAUAUAGAGAAAUUAAAUUAAUAAUGAAAUACAUGUAUAAUUAAAAUAUAAUUUACAAUCAAAUAUAUGUACCAUUAAACUUCAUUCUCUCCGCAGUAUUUAUAACUAGGUGUGGUGCCGUUUUGCUAUAGGCUUCAUUGCCUUAGCUUCCCAAAUAGUCGAAUGUUCUAGUUUCUUUUAAGAUUUGAUGUUUCCUUAUGAAGACUGUUCUUAGUUCAUCUUGUUUUUGGAUUUUUACACGCAGAAUUAAGAAACUUCAUUGCAUA